UGGUUGAGCAGCCAGCCCCUCUCUCUAGAGGAAAGACGAGUGGGUUAGGUUGAGCGGGCAUUGACUAGUGGUGGUGGGGAGGAGAAGCUGUGUUGUUGUUGUUGUAGUAAAGGGCAGGAAGCUCGGGAGAGCCAGGGCGUUAAUCAAGGUUUCAGGAGCGCCAUGUCUCGUCGUACCAGAAAUAAUCGUGCCUGGCGGUAUGUGUACAGUGGUAUUCGAGAUGCUGAAGCUGUGGCUGUAGUAAUGCCUGAUGGAUCAGUAGGUCCAGGCCCUGGCUAUGACUCGGAUGGUCAGCACAGCGACUCCGAUUCUGAAUCAGAAUUCCAUUUGCCAUCAUCGAUCCCAACAGCAUUACCUGUGACAGGGGAGUCAUACUGUGACUGUGUAAGCCAAAGUGACACCCGAUAUUGUGGUAGUAUGCGUAGUUUCCAUCGCAUGAAGGACUGUCACUGUGGCGAGGAGGAUGAAUAUUUUGAAUGGAUGUGGGAUGAUUCUACCAAGUCCUCUGCUACAUUGCUGAGCUGCGAGAACAGAGAAGUAAAUUUCCACAUGGAUUACAGUUGUGGAACUGCAGCCAUUCGUGGGGACAAAGAAAUGAGCGAAGGUCAACACUUCUGGGAAAUAAAAAUGACAUCCCCUGUAUAUGGUACAGACAUGAUGGUAGGAAUUGGAACAACUGAUGUCAAACUGGACAAAUUUCGCCAUACCUUCUGCAGCUUACUGGGAAAGGAUGAAAAUAGUUGGGGUCUCUCCUACACAGGUGUGCUACAUCACAAAGGUGCCAAGAUUCACUUCUCAACAAGAUUUGGACAAGGCUCCAUCAUAGGCGUUCACUUGGAUACCUGGCAUGGCACCCUGACAUUUUUCAAAAAUAGAAAAUGCAUAGGAGUUGCAGCUACCAAGCUGCAAAACAAGAAGUUCUUUCCAAUGGUUUGCUCAACCGCAGCUAGGAGCAGUAUGAAAGUGAUUAGAUCCUGCUUCUCUCCGACCUCUCUCCAAUAUCUCUGCUGCCUACGGCUCCGACAGCUAUUACCUGAUCACAAUGACAAAUUGGAGGUUCUUCCCCUACCCCCAGGUCUGAAACGCAUGCUCCGCAAUCGAUUGGGUUGGGUCCUCUCUAUGAAUCAUGAAGACAGUGGCAAAGAGGCUGCAUGCAGCACAUCAGGCAGUGAUUUCUACAGUUCCUCAGUAGACGCUGAAGCUUGCCAACGAAAAAGAUGUCGGCGGACUUAACAAUUCAUACUGGUUUGAUUUCUCUUUUUAAAUCAUGACUGUAAUUUCAACUGCCACAGCUGCAAUACUUAGUAUGGACAUGGACCAAUACUGCAACAUGAUGAGCCAAAUGCAAGAUGAUCAAAGCUCCCAACUUCAUUUUUAAUGCUUCUAGCUCCUCUUGCCAAACUACUGAGGAUUGUCAUCUGUGAACUGGGAUUGACAAGAAGUGCUGGAUGGUGGCUGAAGAGACACUUUUUUGAAUAAAGUACCUAUGUACUUCAAGAAUUCUUUUCAAUCUACUUUUUUUGUAGGUCAUUUAGUGCUUUCACCUUUAAAGAAAAAAUAAAAUAUUCAGCUUGUCUAAAAUAUGAACCUCAUGCUGCUUUUCUCUUUCUCCCUUCUUCCCUCACCCCAAAACAAAGAAAACUUCAAAUUCUGCUUUCUUGAUGGUUGAGCUACCUAAACCAGGGAGGUCCUUUUGAUUCCUUGUCUAUGCUGAGUUAGCUGCAAACUGGGCAAAGGUAGGGUGCCAAAGUUGACUCAUUAGUAAUGGAAGGGAGAACAGAUUCCCAUUCCUUAUAACUAUCUUGUGAGCACUGCUUUAAGUGUGUAAAUUAGUUUUUCUGUCAUAGCUUGCUGGUAGUGAUGACCAAGAUUCACACUUACUUACUUUCUUAUAUUCUUUUAGGAAGGCACAUGCUCUGUGGAAUAAUUUUCCCUCACUGAGCUGGGAGUGCUUUGGUAAAGGUGCAAUGAAUAAUUAAAAUCAGUGCCAAGGUCAACUUUAGUGUUAGAUGACUUUUCUCAAAAUUCAAAUUGGGGUCAAACCCUAAAUGUGUGGUUUACAGAUGUAUUUAAGUAUGUGUGGGUUGUGCCUGCUAUUGAGUCUAUUGGAAAGCUAUAUUCCUAUCCUAAGUUGCAUUCAAUAACCACUUCUGAACAAAUUGGAUUUCAUUUGAGGUUUUGUUUACAAUGCUCCAGCCUUUUCAUGUUACAGGAAAUAGGAUAAGGUUGCAGUAUUUCAAGGUACUCUAUUCUGCCAAAUUUGUGUGGUGUGGCCAACACUUAACAUUGUUUGAUGCUUUUGCAAUGGUCAUAAUCUACUCUUGGUGUACAGUAUUUGUCUUUGCUCAGGCCAGUGAAUAAUUGUCCAGUACACUCCAUUCUAUAGUUGCAGGUAUGUAGAACUUGAACCUUUUCCAUUAGAGAACAGCAGGACUCCAAAUUGUCCAGCUGAAGUAAUGUCUAGCCUUAGCUAUUCCCGGUUUCACUAUAGCAAUGUGAGAACUAUAAGAGUGAGGCUUAACCAUUUCAUGUAAUUAUUAGUCUUUUGAGUCUUGUAAUCUGUAUCCCAUUUUGUUCAGAUUAAAUCAUUUAGUCUUUGGAUUGAGUUAUGAAAUUACAUAACCACCAAAGCUAGCUUUAUUAUUUCUUGUGUUGUAAAUUACACAACAAGUAUUUGGCAACUACAAUUUACAUUAGGCAUACGUUCUUUUGAAGAAAAAGUGUAUAAAGGUACCUGUUCCCAUGUCCAUUCAGGCUCCCAAGCUCUUGAAAUGUUUUGAGAUUUUUUUAAUGUUAAGGGUACUAUAAAGGUGCAGGCUACCAUUGAUAACUUGCAGUUCCCUACAGGGUUGCUUUAGUCCCACUCUUGUGUAUUGCUUUGGUUUAAGUCCUAACUUCACCGUUUUAUUUCAGUGGAUUGUUAGUCAAUGGUGUGUUACAAGGGUCACAUUGCCUUCUGGCAUGGAAAUUAACACAGCCCCCAUUUUCUACUCAUUAGAAUUUAAAACUCAGGCAGAAUAUGCUUGACCCACUUUUUCUCAGUAUGUACUCCUUGGUGUGAAGUUCUGCAACAGAAGUACAAAUUAGUAACAUUACCUCUUACUGGUGGUAGUGUAUUCUGCCUUCCUGGCAGAAGGUAGUUUGUGCAGAGGGGGAUGACUGCUGUAUAAGUGUAUAUAUAACGGAGACACCCUUAGUUAUGUUUCUUUAACUCUUAUUUUUGAAGAUUUUCAAAAUGGACGGCAGGAUAAUAUAACAAAUGUGAUAUUCCAGCUUUGGUAAAUAUUACGCACCAAGGAUAUUAGCUACAAGAAGAGGGAAAAAAAUCAAAUCAGCUACUAAGUGCUGCACUUUUUAAACAGCAAAGGAGGAGGAAAACAACUAGACAUGAAAUUAGCUCACCUUAAACUUUUUCAGUUCUAGUUUUACAGAGUUAAAAAGUUAGCUGAAAGAAAUGAUGCAAGUGGUUGUAUUGUGAAAUACCAUAACCAUAAUAAAUGGCAACUAUUCUAUGAAUUAACAUCUAACUGGUUUAACUGGAGAUUAGUAGUUGUAUGUAUAAUGGUAACUGUUAAAAAUAUUGAAAGCUCUGUUACACUUGCAUGUAUGUAUUUCCAUUCUAAUUUGUGCAUUAGCAACUUUCUAUACUUUGGUAAAUUUUACAGACUGAAAUUGAAUAUCCAUAUAAUGAAAAAGUACCAUUUCAACCCUUGUUGGAUACAUCAACCAAUUUUUAGCUACAAGUAUAUCUAAUUUUUAAGUGUGCCUGUUCCUGUUUAAAUUGCUUAGAAAAAUAAACUUUCCACAUGGGG